AUGGGGUGUGUGAACCAAACCAUUGUGACCGAAUUUUUCCUAAUUGGACUUUCUCAGGACCCCAGGACAGAAAUUCUUCUUUUUAUUUUGUUUUUCACAAUGUACCUCUUGACUAUUUUCGGCAACAUCAUUUUAAUUUAUACCGUUACCACCAACCCUCAAAUGCACACGCCUAUGUAUUAUUUCCUCUGCAAUUUAUCCGUUUUAGAUUUGUUCUACUCAUCCACCACCGUUCCCAAAAUGUUACUGGACAUGUUAUCCAUAGGGGGAGGAAGAAUUUCAUUGCUGGGGUGCUUGACACAGAUGUGCACCUAUAUAUUCUUGGGGGAGAUCGAGUGUAUCCUGCUGGCGGUGAUGGCGUAUGACCGCUACGUGGCGAUCUGCUUCCCUUUGCGUUACAAAGUGAUCAUGAGCUGGAAAUUAUGUAAAAAUAUCACAGUUCUUAUAUGGGUAGGAAGUUGUAUUUUUUCUACUCUCCCCACAAACUUAAGGCCUCCUGUUUUUUGCAAAGGAAAUAGAAUAGACCACUUUAUUUGUGAGGUCAUAGCUCUCGUCAAGCUGGUAUGUGGUGACACUUCCUUUUACGAAACCAUCAUUUUUUCGGGGAGUCUCUUCACGCUUUUGGUUCCGUUUCUGUGCGUGAUAACGUCUUAUACUUUUAUUAUACAUUCCAUUUUAAAGAUAAACUCUGCGGGCGGAAGGACCAAGUCCUUUUCAACGUGUGCCUCGCACUUGGCCGUGGUUUUAAUGUUCUACGGAACCAGCACAGCCAUGUACCUGGGGCCAUUAAAAAAUACCUCCAGAAAUCAGAAAUAUAUUGCCAUUAUUUAUGGGAUUGUGACCCCCAUGGUAAACCCUUUCAUUUACAGCUUGAGAAAUAAAGAUGUUAAAGAGACAGCCUUGAAAAUAUUAAAAAUGGAAUGUUUUCACAAUCGUUGA